AUGGGUCCUCUCGCGGCAAUGCCAGACGCGGUUCAGGACUCGAGGAUCGAAACUUCUAUCCUCAACGGAGGCAAGGAGUUUCAACAUGUGAAGUUCUCUCUCGGAAGCAGCGUGGUGAGGAGGCGUUUGCGGAGCGAAGAGACAUGGAGUCCCAGACGCCUAUUAGGAAGAGGCUCCUUUGGCCAGGUAUGGCUACAAGAGUGUGUGGCGGGCAGUCCGAGACGGGAGCUUCGUGCCGUGAAGGAGAUUAUGAAACACCAAAUGAAGACAUCUUACCUUUUUCGAGAACUCGAGACUAUUGCUAAGUUUUCCCAAGACAAGUACGCGCAUUGCUUUGUUCGUUCCUCUGGCUGGUUUGAGGAUGAUUCAAGUUGGUUCAUUGCCAUGGAGUAUAUGCCCUAUGGUGACCUCGACCACGCUGUGAAAAGUCCUCUUCAGGAACCGGAAGCGCGUCAGAUCAUAUUUCAAACUGUGGAAGGAGUUUCCUUCAUGCAUGACAGCGGCUUUGCCCAUAGAGAUCUAAAACCAUCUAAUAUCAUGGUUUUUCGUCCUGGCCCCUCGUGGUGGGUCAAAAUUACAGAUUUUGGCAUCAGCAAGCGAACCAACGACAUGGCGACAGGAACUCUAGAGAUUGGAACUGUGGCAUUUAUGGCACCCGAACUUCGUGGAAUGUAUGGCCCCGAUGAAGCUGAAACGGUGGCAGGGUAUCGUGAAUAUCCCAAUGCUGUGGACAUAUGGGCUAUUGGAGAAAUUACACACCGUCUUUUGACGCAGGAACCUCUAUUCGCAACUGGCCGGCAGCUAUCGCAUUAUGUCUUUCUGGGGGCUUCCUUUCCCUCCGAAAAGCUCCGAAACUUCAGUUCCAGUACGGACGCAAUCAAUUUCGUGAUCCGAUGCAUGGAUGCCGCUCCAGCCAGAAGAUUGACGGCUCUUGAUGCGUUGAACCACUCGUGGCUAGCCAGCCACGAAUUCAUUACAGAACCAGAGCACUUUGAGCCUCCCCAAAACCGUACUCACACCUACCAGGAGAAUAGUGAACCAUCCCAGUCAUCAGUCUGGAGCGACGAACCAUCAGCGCGGUGGUCUGAUACGUUGCCUUCUCAGCAAUCAUUUCAUGCCAAAGAGAACCGAAGCGUUUAUUCAACAGCUUCAACCGAACCAUCAGCAAAGUGGCCUUCGUCGAUCGGUUCUCAACGUACUGUUCUUCCAACUAACAAUUCUUAUGGUACAAGCGCGAGUAACGAGGCAUCAACGCGAUGGUCAGCCGCGUUACCUUCGCAACAGCCCUCUUAUGAGACAAGAACUAUGAUACCGGUUGCCGAGCUUGAAGGCCGUCUCCCGUCCUUCCAAAAAUCCUCAUCACCACCACCAUCCUUUGCCUCGCCUUCCGGAGACAACAUCUUGCGGGAUCAGGAGCUCUUCCCUUGGACCGCGCCAGGUAGCGAAGGUCAGCAUAAUCAACGACCGCUUUCCCCUCCAAAAAUGACGGAAGUAUCAGUAACUCAAAGGCCCGCCCCUUCUAUGCCCCGGAGUUUCGAGCCCCAGGUUUCGCAGAAUAACAGUAAUACCAAUGUUGGGACUGAGACCUACUCUAACGUAGGCUCAGACCUGGUGCCGUGCCCUGUCCAACAGUGCCCUCACCACAAACAAGGCUUUGGCUCGGAAGGGCGCAUGAAGCGGCAUGUUAUGACUCAACACCCCGACUAUAAUGAAUCAAGACCCGAAUCCAAACCAUUUCGCAGGGCAUCAAUGGGGUUUAUUUGUCCCGUUCGAGAGUGCCGGCGUCAUACCGACGGCUUUGGUUCCCAGGGUCAGUUGAGACAACACAUGGCAGGAGCCCAUGGUGAUCUAAAAGCACAAGGUACAGGCUUCCUUUGCCCAGUUUUUGCUUGCCCUCAGAAAGUCGAGCCGCUAUCCUCAUUAGCGCUUCUCAAUCGCCAUAUCGAACAUGCUCAUCAGGGAGAAGCAAAGGAAAAUGUCACAACAGGCUGGCCCUGCCCUAUUCAAGAUUGCGACUACAAAUAUCAAGGAAUUUCCACAGCAUGGCUUCUUAUGGAACACUUUGAAAAGGCCCACGGAGGAGACAAAGGUCUCGGAGGAAUAGAGUUCACCUGCACAAUUAUCAGCUGCCCCUAUCACAUAAGGGGCUUUUCUUCACUCGUUGACUUCAAUCGCCACAUGGAGAGAUCUCAUUCUUCUGAAGAAUUGGAAGCUGCAAAGAUAGGCUUCACCUGUCCUGUGGAAGGCUGUGAUUUUCGAUACCGAGGGUUUUCCUCGGAAUCACGUCUUUUAGGACACAUUGAUAGGGCCCAUGGAGCACCUAAGGAACCAGGGUCAUCCGGGUUCCCUUGCUCCGUCGCUACUUGCCCGUACCAAAUAAAGCCCUUCUCUUCAAUUGUUGCCCUCAAUUGUCAUAUUGAAAGAUCUCAUGUUCACGAACUGGCACUUGCGGAGAGAGGCUACCCUUGCCCUUUCCCAAACUGCGAUUUCCGGUAUCAAGGGUUUUCUUCGCAAACGCGUCUGGAGCGUCAUAUGAAAACUGCUCAUGAAGAUCAGGAAAAGCCGUCGCAGGCAGAUACGGAGAGUACAGGUCAUACUUGUCCUGUUAAAUCCUGCCGCCAUCACCACCAGGGUUUUGCUUCGGAACCGCGACUGAAACGUCAUAUUGACAAAGUCCAUUCGAGCGAGAGCAGCACGGAGCCAGGACCGCAAUCAAAGCAGAGUUGGAAAUGCCCCACUCUCGGUUGUCCUUUUUCCUAUCAAGGAUUUCAGAAUCCAAGGGAGCUUCAGCGCCAUCGUCAGAUUGUGCACUUUGUGAAAGGCUGA